UAAGCGGGGAGAAUGUGGCCGCCAUUUUGUGUGCGAGUUCGCUUCCGCGGAAGGCGAGCGCGGCAGCGGUGGGAGGCGAAGAGAGGAGCUGAGCGGGCUGCGCUUUAGCGAGCUGGGACUUAUACCCUAGAAGCCAGUGUGCCGAGAAUCCGAUGUUGGGCUCGGCUUCGUGGCUGAAAACAGCAAAUCGGCCCAUGAGAACUACCAUUCCUAGCCAAAGGAAGGGGUCCAGCAGGAGUCAGUAUCUAUUCCUUCAGGUCUGGCAGCAGGAAAUAGAACAGGAGGUGGAGACUGUGGAAUCUGAAGAGAGAACUGAAAGGUGACACUUAAGUUGAAGAUGGGGGGUGGAGAAAGAUUCAACAUUCCAUCUACCCAGCCCAGAAAUACUUCAAAGAACCACCAACAACUGAACAACAGGAAAAAAAGCAAAGAUCAGAAUUCGCAGAUAAAGAAAAUCCACAAAAAAGAGAGGGGACUUGGAUGCAGCCCAUCAUCUGUAGCAUGGCAGGCCAUGCAGAAUGGGGGGAAGAAUACAAUGCACUUCCCAACUAACCAGACUUGGAGUCCAGCUUUAUCCCACUCCCUCUUCAUGCCUCAAACCAAUGAAAAUUAUGCUGGAGCUAAAUUCAGUGAGCCACCAUCGCCCAGUGUUCUUCCUAAACCACCAAGCCACUGGGUAACUGUUUCACUUGACCCUGCUGAUAAAGAAAUCAUGACUUUUCAACUUAAGACCUUGCUUAAAGUAGAGGCUUGAGAUACAAUCCAUGAAUACAUUGGGAUAAAAGAUACAGUACAUGUUAUCAUUUCAAAUUCCAUGAGGUUGGUCUGCAUUGGAUUCCCAGAUGGAAACCAAGGCACAUCUUAUGGAAUUAAUGAAAUGUGUAAUAGAAGUUGGUCAGUUUUUUAUGCCUUGGGGAAUCCCCACUUGGAAACACCCGUUUUGGCAUUUUGUGCACUGGUUAACACUCACCUAUUUUGGGGUUCUGUGCACUUUUAUCAACUUCUGUGCUACUGAUGCACCAUUGUAAACAAUAUGUAGUCUGAACCAACUCCUGGUGCUUGAUGGAGCAUGUAGUGGGGGGAAUUAAAAUUUAACACCAGCUGACCAAAUUUACAACCACUGCAAUGCAAAGUAACUGCAAAAUAUCACUGAUUUCCCCCACAUACUGUGAAAUGUUAGUAACUUUCUGCCUAGAGUUCCUAAUUAAAAAAAAACACAAACACCUAAAAUUGUUUUAAGAAAGCCAUUUAGAUUGUGGUGGGUUUAGUUUACGAGAC